AUGAUCAACGCCUGCAAGACCGCCUCCGCCCGCCGCAUCACCGCCGUCAUUCCCAACUUCCCCUACGCGCGCCAGGAUAAGAAGGACAAGAGCCGGGCGCCCAUCACGGCGAAGCUCAUGGCCAACAUGCUCCAAACCGCCGGGUGCAACCAUGUCAUCACCAUGGACCUCCACGCCAGCCAGAUCCAGGGUUUCUUCAAUGUCCCAGUCGACAACCUGUACGCCGAACCCAGCAUGUUGAAGUGGAUUCGGGAAAACCUGGACGUGAGCAACUGCGUCAUCGUCAGUCCGGAUGCCGGCGGUGCCAAGCGAGCCACCGGUAUCGCCGACCGCCUCGAUCUGCAAUUCGCCCUGAUUCACAAGGAGCGCGCGCGUCCGAACGAGGUCUCGCGCAUGGUCCUGGUCGGCAACGUGAAGGACAAGGUUGCCAUCAUCGUCGACGACAUGGCCGACACCUGCGGCACGCUGGUCAAGGCCGCAGACACGGUGAUGCAGCAUGGUGCCAAGGAAGUCAACGCCAUCGUCGUCCAUGGCAUUCUGUCCGGCAAGGCCAUCGAGAACCUGAACGGCAGCCGUCUCAACCGUCUGGUCGUCACCAACACCGUUCCGCACGAGGAGAAGAAGGAGGCUUGCGACAAGAUCGAGACUAUCGAUAUCAGCCCCACGCUGGCGGAGGCUUGCCGGCGGACGCAUAAUGGCGAGUCGGUUAGUUUCUUGUUCUCGCAUGCUGUUGCGUAA